AUUGCUUUGAAAGAAACAAUUGGCAUGAACAGCCACGGUUAGGAUCAGAUGUGGUAAUUUUUUUGCAAAUGGAUCACUGUACUGCCAAAACGAUAAAGACUGGACUUACAAUGGUUGGGAAAGUAGUUACCCAGCUGACAGGGACGCUGCCUUCAGGAGCAACUGAAGAAGAAAUUUUAGCUCAUAGCAACAUUCGUCGAAGUCCUCUGGUGCCGGGAAUCAUCACUAUUAUUGACACAGAGACAGUUGGAGAAGGACAGGUGCUUGUUAGCGAGGAUUCUGAUAGUGAUGGUAUUGUGGCCCACUUCCCUGCACAUGAGAAGCCUAUUUGCUGCAUGGCUUUUAACCCUAGCGGGAUGUUGCUGGUCACUACUGACACAUUAGGCCAUGAUUUCCAUGUUUUUCAAAUACUGACACAUCCUUGGUCAUCAUCACAAAGUGCCGUCCAUCAUUUGUAUACACUUCACAGGGGAGAGACUGAAGCCAAAGUCCAAGACAUCUCCUUCAGCCACGACUGUCGCUGGGUAGUGGUCAGCACCCUCCGUGGCACUUCUCACGUUUUUCCCAUCAAUCCCUACGGAGGGCAGCCCUGCGUCCGGACGCACAUGUCGCCCCGGGUGGUAAAUCGCAUGAGCCGCUUCCAGAAGAGCGCCGGCUUGGAGGAGAUCGAGCAGGAGCUGACCUCGAAGCAAGGAGGUCGCUGUAGCCCUGUCCCCGGCCUGUCGAGCAGCCCAUCUGGCUCGCCGCUCCACGGUAAGCUGAACAGCCAGGACACUUACAACAACUUCACCAACAACAACCCGGGGAACCCUCGGCUCCUGCCGCUCCCGAGUCUGACGGUGGUGCUGCCUCUUGCUCAGAUCAAGCAGCCAAUGACAUUAGGGACCAUCACCAAGCGCACAGGACCUUACCUGUUUGGAGCAGGAUGUUUUUCUAUAAAAGCUCCCUGCAAAAGCAAGCCAGCUCCACAAAUUUCACCCAGCAAGUCUGUGGGAGGAGAGUUUUGUGUCGCUGCAGUCUUUGGAUCGUCAAGAUCCUGGUUUGCCAACAAUCCUGGUCUGAAAAGAGAAAAAGAUCAAUCCAAACAGUUUGUAGUGGAAUCCUUGUACAUUAUCAGUUGUUAUGGCAGCCUGGUGGAACACGUGUUGGAGCCGCGUCCUCUCAGCACUGCUCCCAAGAUCAGUGAUGACACGCCCUUGGAAAUGGUGACGUGCCCCAGAGCCAGCUGGACGUUGGUUAGAACUCCUCAGUGGAAUGAGCUCCAACCACCAUUUAAUGCAAACCAUCCCCUGCUCCUGGCGGCAGAUGCGGUGCAGUACUACCAGUACCUCCUCGCUGGCUUGGUCCCACCAGGGAGUCCUGGACCUAUUACUCGCCAUGAAUCAUAUGACAGCUUGGCAUCUGACCACAGUGGGCAAGAGGAUGAAGAGUGGCUGUCCCAGGUUGAAAUAGUGACUCACACUGGGCCUCAUAGGCGCCUGUGGAUGGGCCCACAGUUCCAGUUCAAAACAAUCCACCCAUCUGGCCAAACAACAGUCAUUUCGUCGAGUUCUUCAGUGCUGCAGUCCCAUGGUCCAAGUGACACCCCGCAGCCCCUUCUGGACUUUGAUACAGAUGAUCUAGAUCUCAACAGUCUCAGAAUUCAGCCCGUUCGCUCGGAACCCGUUAGCAUGCCAGGAUCGUCACGGCCAGUUUCCGAUCGCAGAGGAGUUUCCACAGUGAUUGAUGCUACCUCAGGUAGAAAUAUGUUGAUUUCAUUUCUUAAUUCAUGGCAUUCAUUGACCUUGUCUUCAAGAGCUCUUAGGAAUUGA